AUGCCAGGUUGCCCAAGCCUAGACAGGAGAAAUCGAGAGGUCACUCUAACACCCUUCCGGUAUCUAACUGCCAUGCCACCCAAAGGGAGUACGAGGGCUAGGAUAUUGCCAGGUUGCCCAAGCCUAGACAGCGGAAGUCGAGUGCCAGGUGUCGGAUUCGAACCACGGGCCUUCCGCCAAUCUUUGGAGCACUUCAUCCCCUUCUGGUUCGCAGAUGGGGGGCCGAACCAAGUGGCGUGGUUAGAGCGCGAAUUUAUUGACCGGAAGGUCCGUGGUUCGAACUCGACCUCUGCCUCUCGACUUCCCCUAUCUAGGCUUGAGCGACCUGGCAGUAUCCGAGAGCCCAUGCCUCAUUUGUGUGGCGUGGCAGUUAGGCACCGAAAGGGUGCUACAGCUGGACGAUUUUUUUUCGCAUAA